UACCAAGGCAGCAUCUCAGCUUGUGACACUAUUCAAAGCAAGGACUGGGAACUCACGAUCCACGGCUAUGUUUAUCAUUAGGAGAAUUUGCAGAGAAUUUGUAAAUUAUAUUUAAUUUCCAAUAGUCAGACUAUCCAUGGGGUGAUGCGUUACAAUUUAAAUGUUGUAGCGUCAAUCAAGUCUAAUGGGGCUGCUGGAUAAACUGUCGGGCUGGCUCGGCCUGAGGAAAAAAGAGGUCAACGUUUUGUGUUUGGGACUGGACAACAGUGGCAAAACUACCAUCAUCAACCAACUCAAACCGUCUAAUAAUUCCAAUCAUUUAGGCCCAUUGUCAGAAGAAUGGAAACAUGUUAGUCAGACACCGGCACCUGAUAUAGUCCCAACAAUUGGCUUCAACAUUGAGAAGUUCAAGAGUUCAAGCCUGUCUUUUACGGUCUUUGAUAUGUCUGGGCAGAGCAGAUAUAGAAACCUAUGGGAGCAUUACUACAAAGAGAGCCAUGCCAUCAUAUUUGUCAUUGAUAGCGGUGACAAACUGAGAAUGGUUGUUGCCAAAGAGGAGCUAGAAACUCUUCUCAAUCACGAAGAUAUCCGCAACAAAAAGAUACCAGUAUUGUUCUUCGCUAACAAGACGGAUCUGCGUGAUGCCAUGUCUUCUGUCAAAGUCUCACAGAUGUUGUCUUUAGAGAACAUCAAAGACAAACCCUGGAACAUCUGUGCCAGCAAUGCUAUCAAAGGAGAGGGUCUCCAGGAAGGGUUGGACUGGCUACAAGAACAAAUUGCACAAUCAUAUGAAAACAAUGAGCACAUGAAUGACUGAAAUGCCUGUGACCAUGGACGUGAUGUGGAUGUGGUAACUGGAUCUAAUUUACCACUUGGAGUAUUCAUCACACUUGAUGUUGUAGGCCUUAAACUUCACUGUCAAAUAGCUUAGUACUUCCUGUGCAUGCUACAACUUUGAAACCAUGUUUCUUUGGAAAACAAAAUCUUGGUCAUAGCUUAAUUUGUAUAGGGUUACUAUGUAAAUUGAUUUUUUUAAAGCGCCUAAUAGUUACAGUACAUCAUUACAAAACUGUAAAUGCAGUCUGAAUAACAUACUGUAAACAAAAAAAAGCCUAAUGUUGUUUCUGUAUUCAGUAACAUAUAAACAUUUUUAUUUGAAGCAGCUUCUUUUUUAUUCCAUGAUACAUCAUUUAAAUGUAACAAAUUUCAUCGACUAAGCUUUUUUUUUUUGAAAAUGCUGUCAGUGCUGAAUAUUGUACUACCUGGAGGAUAAUAAAAGCUUGUUUUUUGCUGA